AUGUUAUCUGACGUCAAAGAGCCUGAAUCUUCAUUCAAAUAUUUUCUGAACACUCCCUGCCAAGACUGGGACGCAGUUAAAUAUCUUGAAGCAUUAGAAGAUUGCAAUUCGAAUAAGGCGACUGUAACAAGAAAUUUCAACAAGCACUUGCAGAAUAUAAAGGAACAAGGUACAGAAAAGGAAAAGAAGAAUGCAGUACGUCUCGAAGGUCAAUUCAAGCUACCCAUGGAACUACGUCUUCGCAUGGUUAUGGACUACGUCUCCGCUGUUGGCUACGGCUACCCAUGGAACUACGUCUUCGCAUGGUUAUGGACUACGUCUCCGCCACUGAAUCUAGAAAAACGGGACGAAUCUACAAUUUUUGGUCGAAUACAGAUCGGUUGCAUUGGUAAUAAUGUUCAAGCAAGAUGCAAACGAGAUUAUAAAAUCCAUGAACAACCGAGCGUUGAAGAAGAAACAUCAGCAAUACCAACGAAAAUGAGGAAAUUAGAUGAAAAAUUUAACGCAACGAAGUCUUCCUCUGACUCUACAAACGUACAACAAACAUCCACCAUUUCUGAACCUGAUGGUGUAAGCACUGAAGAGCUCGAGGACGACGAGGAAAUUAAAUUUGAUCUAACAAACAUUUCGAUGGAAUUGAAGCGUGAACCAACGGUUAAAUGGGAGGUUGGUUGUAUUAAUGUAACCGAUAGAUUUCGGCGGUAUCAGAAAGACGUUCUCAAUAAGGCGGAGAGAGAGGGUUUAAAAUAUGAGAAUGUUUACGAACUCUUAGCUUUAUCGUCAAUCAUGGUGCUCUGCUGGCCAUGUCCGUACCCCAUGUUCACGAAACAAGAAUGGAAAGAAAUAACCAAAACUAAUCCUUAUACUAUAAAAGAACCGCCACUCCCACCUGAGAUUUCAUCUUCUCUUCGUGAUAUAGCUAGUAAACAUUUGAUUGGCGGAGAUGUCUUCAUGGAUUGUGGAAAAGCGGAGUUUAAUAGGAUGGUUGCACUCAUGUUUAACAACCUAUAUUAUGGUAUUCCAGAGGUUGCACCAUCGAAGUUAUCCGAGGAAGAACACUGUGCCAUGUUCAUUUAUCCAAUUUCUCGUUCGUUUCAUGGAUCUGAAAAAGAAUAUACACUUAGAUUAAAUCGUGCCAACGCAGGCUCAAAGACAAGACCAGACCUUUCUUGUACAGUGGAUGAUAUACCAAUCUUAAAUUCAGAGUUUAAGCCGGUGGGUUGUACCCCAUUACAACGAAAGAAGGAUAGAUUGAAAGUUCAUUUAAAAGGCCGAAAAUCAAUCAAUCAACAAUUGCAAAGUAAAGGAGGUCCGGGUGAAGCUGUCUUGUUUCUAAACAUGGGUGAUUCGAUGGAAUCAUUCUUCAUGGAUCUGAAGUACGAUGGGUUGUACCGCUCCUGGCCAUUUCUCACCACAAAACUGGUGAUCGACAAGGCUACGAUCCCAUUAGCAGAGUUUGCAAUCAGUCAUUUUGUGGCUUUGGAGGAACAUGUUGGAGAGAUCGCGAAGAACUUCAAAUAUCGAAGCAGUCAAUUCACACCACCGGCACAGAUGUCCUUUGUGCGCAAACUUCCAGAUUCUCCACAAGUAAAGAUGUUACUUCAUUAG